GUCACAGAUGACCCCACCCCACCUCGCGCAGCAGCCCAGUCGCAGUGGCAGCUUCAGCUCAAAUUUGCAAGAUUCACGCAAGGAUCAGAAUAACGUACAACAAAAAGAAUCCGCAAACACAGGAUGGAGGAACCCGAUAAAGGCACCCAGAGGCCAGACUCCAUCCCAGAGGUGGGUGAGGAUGCAGUGAAUACAGUAGGACCCUCUGCAUCCACCAUGGCCCUUACUGAGGAAGAGCAAGCAGAACUCCACAGUGAACUAGCAAAGGUUGAAGAUGAGAUCCAGACACUUUCUCAGGUGCUGGUGGCCAAGGAGAGGCAGAUGGCGGAGAUCAAGCGGAAGCUGGGCAUCACUCCACUCAACGAGCUCAAACAGAACCUGAGCAAGAGCUGGCAAGAAGUCACCACCUCCACUGCGUAUAAAAUGACCUCAGAGACCCUGUCCCAAGUGGGUCAGAAAGCGACAACGGCGUUCUCCAGUGUGGGCUCAGCUAUUAGUAGAAAAUUGGAGGACGUUAGAUUACAGUCAUUGUCUAAUUCUUUUGGUAUACGUUCCAUACAGCAUUCUGCUAGCAUGCCCGUGAUGAGGAACAAGCCCACCUUCAAAUCGUUUGAGGAAAAAGUGGAAACUUUAAAGACCAAAAUGAGCCCCACGCCAUCGAUGGGAGAUAAUGAAGCAGAUUCAUACUCCACACCUGACACAGAGCCAGUGGUGAAACAGCCAGAGAGAACAAUUACACCAGAUCAAGAACCCCACUGAAGAUCCAUCUGACACCCUUCCAAACCCAUCAAACCAUCCUCUCCUACUCCUCUCCCCUCUUUCUUUAUCUCAUGCGCUCCUCCUGCCACUUCACAGUUGUUUGCCAUGACAGACAGUCAGUGGAACAAUUUAAAAGGAGAUAGUGCUCUGCCUCAGUCACAUACAUUCAGAACAUGUGAUUGAAAUACCUGGCAUGCACAAUAUGUCUUGUGCAUUCUUGUACAUGCACAGGCGAUGUGCUUAUGGCAUAUCGAAAAUAUUUAGUUAUUUUUUUAAUGCUACUAUCCUCUACAUGUCUCCAUAAUUACAAUUGAGCAUUUACAUUCUGUUAGCUACCUCUUUUGUGUACUGGUGACUGAGGCAUCUCCAAACAGGACAUGAUGUAGGCAUACACUGGAGUGAGUGUGUGCUCACAUAAGAAUGUAAGAUGUAUGUUUCCUCAAGCACUAUUAGAGCUGUACAUCACUCAUUCCACUGCAGCAUUGACCUCUGACCCCUGCCCUUUAACCCCUAACUUUAGUUUAGUGCAGCUCGCUUUGCUUACAUGACAGGCACAGGCAAUCCUUUAACAAAUGGGGUCUCUUUUUACACUCACACUUUUGAUAGAUAUAUCCUGGAGUGGUUUAUAUAAAGUUCAAAUUAGAUUAGGUUUGUGUUAUGAUAGAAAUUGUUUACAAUGACACUCACAACCCACAAAAUAAACCAAAAUUCUACUACCACGAAUCAGUUACCUUUAGGGGUGCUUUGUGUUUGUCUACGUAUAUAGAAGUACAGUAUAUAAAGUGGUUGGGUUUUUGUCUUAUAUUUUUAAAACAAAUGCCAAAAAUGCAGUUCUGUGUAGUUUAGCAUAAUCAAAAGGUUUUGCAUACAAGUGUGUAUUGUUAGCAUUAAUUACCAAAAUACCAAAUAUGAUCAAACAAUAGUACUGUUAAAGCAUUGUAUCAUCACUUUCACUUUCUGUGCUUUGGAUUCAUGUUCAUGGUUUAGAUGUGCUUGAGAGCUUGUGUCAUAAAGUGAGGAAACGCGAGUGGUACAGCGUACUUCAUGUGACUUCAUUUCUCUUUAUUUAUGUAAUGCUUUUGUUCUUGAUGACACUGCUGUUGCUUUUUUGAGACAGGGACUGACGACAUAUAAUCUAGAAACUGUCCAGUUUAAGAUUGUCUUUAACACACCAAAAAAUUAGUGUUAAUCUGAAAUUAUUAGCUUGCAUUUCAGCACAUUAAUAACAUUUUUAAGCACUAGUUACAGUAUUUGUGUUUCAUUGAGCUGAUUAGAGUAUGUGGUGUUGUGCCAUCUUUAAGAUCUUAGCUAAACCUGGCAAAAUUAAGUUUGUGUUAUGAUAGUUUAUAUCAAAUAUAUAAUUUUUCGGUAUUGUUGGCAAAGUUUCUUACAUACAGAAAAAUAUUUAGUAAUGCGUUUAUGGUUGUGGUAUCCUAAAUUGAUUACUAAACACUUUGGUGAGCAGAGGGGCUUUCUCCUUUUUGCAUGUGCACAUUUCUAUGUUUUAGGAUUUAGCACACAAAUUGUUUGUCCCCUUCAAAGCAGACCUAUUCUUGUAAUAUUUCAUUCUCGGCUAUAUGAAUGGGCAAAUGUUAAAUGUACUCUUGACAAAUUAAUUUGGGUGGUGUAGCAUUACAUUCAUUAACUUUUUAUAUUUUGCUUUGAUAUGCAGAGACGGAGAGAGUUUGUUGCAAAUGCGUGCUGCUGCAAUAAAUGUUCUUAUAGAGGAGGAAUAUUGCUUUUUAUAUAUAUAUAUAUAUAAUUUUUUUUUUUUUUAAGUUUGUGAGUUCAAAAUGAUAGAUCUACUCAGUAAUAUUAUUUUGGAAAUCACUUCUAUCAAAAAGCAUUGAAUAUGGUCAGCAGCAAAUGUUAUUGGUGACACAACUGUUUAUGACGAUAGAUGGAUUGUUAAAAAAUAUCUAGGGGAUCAAAUAAUUUAUGUAACCCUUUUCAGAGGUCUGCCUCACUGUUUUCAUAGCUCGGGAUGUGUAUGUUUCCUUUUCCUCAACAUCAUCUUUACAAUAUGAAUGUUGCUUUACACUGAAUGUCUCGUAUGGGCUUUUGUAUUGGGUAUCAGUAGUAGUGGUUAAUCCUGCUGUUAGGGUCGUCCUAAAAGACUAGAACUACUUUGCGCACAUAAAUAAAAUGUGUUAAUUUGUAUGUCCGAUGCUAAUAAAGCACAUUACACAC